CCUGACGCUGUGGUUGCUCUUCCAGGUGGAGCAGUUCUGGAGGUUUUACAGUCACAUGGUCCGCCCUGGGGACCUGACGGGUCACAGCGACUUCCAUCUUUUCAAAGAAGGGAUCAAACCCAUGUGGGAGGACGACGCCAACAAGAACGGCGGCAAGUGGAUCAUCCGCCUCCGGAAGGGCUUAGCCUCUCGCUGCUGGGAGAACCUCAUCUUAGCCAUGCUGGGGGAACAGUUCAUGGUGGGGGAAGAAAUCUGCGGGGCGGUCGUCUCCGUCCGUUUCCAGGAGGAUAUCAUCUCCAUCUGGAACAAGACCGCCAGCGACCAGGCGACCACGGCCCGGAUACGGGACACGUUACGGCGCGUGCUGAACCUGCCCCCCAACACCAUCAUGGAGUACAAAACGCACACCGACAGCAUCAAGGAUAAUUCAAGCUUCCGAAAUACCAAGAUCACUUUGUGAGGAGGAGAGGGGCGCGACGCUCAGCUCUUCCUCAACCUGACCCAGACGACAAGGGGAGGGAGGGGGUAUCUCCACGUGGGCCUUGCCGAGGAGGCGUGCCCACGUCCCUGGGUCUUUUCACCCGUCCCGAUGACGGCCUUUUCCACCUGCCUCAAGGACUGACCUAGCACCCAGACGUCUUGGCCGGCUGAGCAGGCGGCAGCAUUUUGCGUCCCUCGGCGACCUCGGGGUGGCUUUUUGCCUUGCUUCUCUUGGAUGCGGAGGGUUCUCCGAGCAAGGGCCUUUUACUGCCAGGGAUUUUCAGUAUUACGAACGUUUCUGCAUCUGGCCACAGAGGCAGCCUGAUGAUCGGCAAACUGCCCCUCCUGCCCUGUUCACUUCUGCCAAUAAAUAAUUAGGCCUCUAA